AGGCCCAUUUCACCUCACUUGUGUUGAAACUUUUUUCUCGUCACCCUCCUCGAGCUUCACAGACUCUACUUUUAUCUUCUCGACGAGACGUGGUCCUCCUUUGUACUUGCUCACAUCAUAUUGUUUCUCAUCUCUACUAGUCGAGCAAAAGCAUUAUAACAUCCUACUCACCAGCGCCACCCUUGUUCUUGUGUUUCUUCCUUUUAUUUGGUUCUUCGUUCUUGAUCUGCUUCUAAUAGUGAAUCCUCCACAAAAAUGCAGCAAGCAAAUGCAGGAAACACUGGGUUCACGAGGAGCGCAAACCUCUCCGGAGAUGUCCCGGGACGUCUGACGCCUUCAGGAAGUAUACCUCCAUCUACUUCAACAUUACGAAGUUGUUUAUGAAUUUUACUAUAUGUUAAGAAGUUGUACGUUUAUACUAAUCGACUUAUUUUAUAAGGAGAAGGGCUUUUUUCAUCUCUUGUGGAAGUAUAUUCAGAAGUACAUUCAUAUAUAGGGACUUUUUUCAUCUCUUGUGGAGGUGGAAGUAUAUCAAGAAGUACAUUUAUAUAUAAGGACUUUUUUCAUCUCUUGUGGAAUAUGAUAUUUGGCUCUCUAGGAAGGUCCGCGCUCGCAAGUUUAUUCUAAAAUCGAGUGACACACAUAGAUACUAGUACCGCGUCUCCUGGCCCUCGUCGCCCAUGUCAAAAGGCAAAUAAUUUGUGUUCAACAUCCCUGCCACCUCAACUACAUCCCCAAACUACGCAAGAACCCUCCACACUUCUUUAUUAUGAAUGUUAUCCGGGUACUACGGACCAGCCAUCUCUCCAAAGGAACCUCCAGUUGUCCUAUAAUAUGCUUCCUCCACGUCGUCCACCCAACAUGAACAAAAGGAACCAGUUGUCCUAUAAUAUGCUUCCUCCACGUCGUCCACCCAAGAACAUCUACUUACUUCCUCCAGGUGCCAACCCUUUCUCCCCUGUUCCCAAGGAAGUGCGCGGUGGCUACUUGCGCAAGCUCCGUUCCCUCUUUGACAUCAUGGAUGUCAACGGCAACAACGAACUCGAACUGGAUGAAUUCUUCAACUUCCUGCAAAAACUCUGUUCCGAAGAGAAGAUUGCCGUGCCCGAAGUCGAAAAGCUGAUGCACCACUUCGAUACGAAUCGAUCAGGGGCUAUCGAAUUCCCGGAAUUCGUGUUGCUGGCUGAGCAGAUGAUUCCUCUUCGCGAGGUUUAUGCGCAUGUGAUCGCCGGCGAAGCAGUCAAUGCGGGCGAUGAAAUGACGGAGGAAAUGAAAGCAGGUACUUGUACUUGUUGAUGCAGCUUCCCUAUUAUAUUACAUAAAGAUAUUAAUAUGUAUGAAGUCUAUAACAUGAUCAAGUACUAGUAAGACGAGUUUUAGUCAAGAACAUUUUUAGAUAUAGAUGUACUAUCUCAAUCAGACCAUACAAACUACAUCAGGAUGAAGUAGAAGUAGUACCUAGGAGUCAGCAGAUGCUGUUGAUCGUAUGAAGAAGAGAAGUACUAUCAAUAUCAUCAAUCGUCCAACUAAAUGCUCGUCCAGAACAUUGUCAACAUUGAUUUUUCCAUCACUACUUAAAAACAGCUUGGUCACAUUGAUCACAUUGUCAACAUUGAUUUUUCCAUCACUAACAAGAACUAUCACAAAAAAGGGCUCGUUGCUUUGUCUCCUGAAGCGGCUAAAAAGAUCCAGGAAGAGGCAGUUGCCCUAAGUCCAAAUGGCAAACCUCUGACGAAAAGGACGCUAGAGGAACUGCGGGAAUUGCCUCUGCACUACGGCACCGAACGCUACGAGUGCUCUCUUUCGGGAAUCACAGCCGAAAACAUGAAUAAAGGAUGUACUACUUAUUUUGACUAUUUUUUUUAGAAUCUUCUUCACAGUGGAAAACAACAUGAAGAUCCUUUAGUGACUGGAUGUACUAGUAGUUUUGACUACUUACUUGAUUCAAUAAAGGAUGUACUAGUAGUUUUGACUACUUCAUAAUCUGCUCGUCCACUAGUACUAGUUUUCUCCGGGCUUGCUUGUUUGCUUCUAACUGUACUAACUGGUUUCUCGUCCUGCAGUAAUGAAGAAUACUCGAAAACUGAAAAUAACCGAGUUACUGACUGAAAUAAGUGAGGUAAGUAGGUUUGACAGGGCUACUCUUCCUUGUUCAGGAUUAACUGUGCUUAUUUCAAGUAGUUACUUGCUUAUUUCAGUUUUUCGAAUAGAUUAAGAUUUACUUUUACAGCUUGCAGAAGUGUAACUGGUUUCUCGUCCUGCAGUAAUGAAGAAUAGAUUAAUACAACUGGAACUGCAACUUCUGCAAGCUGUAAAAGUAAAUCUUAAUCUAUGAAAGGAAAAAGUGCACUCACACUCAAGAGUAGCUCCUUUCCCACUUGAAUCUUAGUCACUUUCUUGAGUGUGAGUGCACUUUUUCCUUUCAUAGAUUAAGAUUUACUUUUACAGCUUGCAGAAGUUGCAGCUCCAGUUGUAUUAGUCGUCUUUCUCCACCAUUUAUCUCCGCAGUCGUCUACGUCGCACCCGAGGGAGAAGCGUAUGUCCUAUGCUCGAUUUGUGGUGAGGAACAGCGAGAGCGACGAAUCGAACAAGCUACCGCUGAGUUGCAAAAUGAGCGUCGCGUGAGACCAGUCCGACCGAGCUUUAUGCCUGCGCAUCUGAAAGGGCACCCGACGCCCAGUGAAAAGAAGGCAGACGCGCGAGCAAAGAUAAAAGCGCAUCAGCGUCGCAAUGCACCUCAAGCGCUCAGGGACGAAGUCGAUAAGCGAGAAAGAGAAUUACUGGGUCGAGGGUAG